UUUAGCACCGAUCGAGUUUCCCGAUGCCCAUUCAGUGCCAGCAGGCGUAAAGCAACACAACUCUACGGAAUCUCUUCACUCUACUUUAGACAACACAACUCAUAAAACAAGCGACUCGCUGGCACGAGAGAGAGACAGCAAGUGUGGAAACCCUGUCAAAUUCCCAUUAAGAGGUGACCCUAUUCUUGGCAAGAAACGAUGUGAGGGGGCAUGAGGACAUCACCUGUAACUUUUUCCAUCCUUAUAAUUAAUUUAGAAUAAUGAUUCUUAAAAGUGUCGAUACAAACCUUCAAGCAACAUGAACUUAUCAUUCCUGAUGCGCAAAUCGCCAUGAUGAGGCAAGUUGCAAAACUGCUAUGUGAGCUGUGCUUGUGACUGUGAAAGAAGAGACUCUUUUAAAGGAAGCCUUUAAUAGCAGCAGAGAAUCCAGAAGAAGAUGGAUUUGGCAUCAAGUAAUGUUGGAUGUAAGCAAAUUCAACUUCUCGUGAACUUUUCCUGAAGAAAAUUUACUGAAAAAAGAUGGCAACACUCUUUUUUGCAUAUUAGAAUUUAGUGAUGGCCCCACCCAAUUUUUGUAUUUCCUACUGCAGGAAUUUACACUGCAUAUACGCUGUACAGCUCUGAAGGAACCUGAACUACUGACUUUUGACUUCAGGACGGCGGGUCGUAGUGGAUUCAAACAUUUCCAUGCACAAAUGAAUAUUUAUUUUGGGAUGUAGUGGAAUUUCCAGACCAUAUCUAGAAGACUUAAAUUAAACCAUAAAAUGGAAAUUACCUGGCGCUUCACAAUGAAUGAUUGCACAUGAUAAAACGGCUUCCUGGGCUUCUUCAAUGAAACUUUCAGCUUUAAACUAUCCAGAUGUAAAAACGAAUGGCAAAAAGUUUUAAGUGCUGAUGAUGUCUGUGACACCAUCUCUUGACAUCACCAUGGCCGAGCCCAUUCCCAUUCCAACUGUGAACAUUCUUCCUCCGUCUUCCGAUACAGAGUCAUUGUCCUGCUCCUCAAGCCCACGGCUACACCGGUACCACUUAAGCAGACGAAACCGGGAGCGAAGGAGAGGCAAGGUGCAGCAAGAAAACGGAUUAGAGAACCAUUGGAAAAAAGGGAAAAAGACGAGAGAUAGAAGUCAAAGUCCAUCACCUCCAGUGGUCUCCAGUGUAGAAGAGGAGGUGCAGGGCAGUCCCUCCAUGCUUCUCUUACCCCAAUCCCACUCAUGGUCACAAAGCUCCUCGCUAAGCAAGCGCUCUCGCUGGUCUUUCCGUAGCCUUCUCAACAAGGACUCGGACUGUGACAGCAGCAGUACAGCCAGUAACUCUCCACGCAGCACUCCCGGCAGCUCACCCUCCCUGCGUCGGCGUGUGCUGGGAGGCAGAGCCAGCGAAGGGGAGGUGGGUGGAGAUAGAUGCGGUGGGGGCUCCGACAGUCCCCUUCCUCCGACCCCCUCCUCCUCUACCUCCUCCUAUCCACUCGCAGCCCGACACUUCACCCGCAAUGCCAAGAAAAUGCAGAGCUGGUACAAUGUUCUGAGCCCCACAUACAAACAGAGGAAUGAAGACUUCCGCAAACUCUUUAAAAAGCUGCCUGAUUCAGAGCGUCUCAUAGUGGACUAUUCAUGUGCACUGCAGAAAGACAUUCUGCUCCAGGGCCGUCUCUACCUGUCUGAGAACUGGCUCUGCUUCUACAGUAAUAUAUUCCGAUGGGAGACCACGAUAACGAUACUGCUGAAAGAUGUGACAAGUCUGACCAAAGAGAAGACGGCCAAGCUCAUCCCUAACGCCAUCCAGAUUAGCACUGAACACGAGAAGCACUUCUUCACAUCGUUUGGGGCGAGGGAUCGCAGCUACAUGAUGAUCUUCAGACUAUGGCAGAAUGCACUGAUGGAUAAUACUCUGUCUCCCAAGGAGCUGUGGCACAUUGUUCACCAGUGUUACGGCACAGAGCUGGGGCUCACUAGUGAAGAUGAUGACUACGUAUCCCCUACUGCUGAACUUAUGAAUGGCCUGCUGCCGGUUGAGGAGUCUGUCUCCGUCACUGACCUGCUGGAUCUGGGUUCAGUGCCGGUGCCUUCCAUGGUCUCCUCUUUCCCCUCAUCUGCCUCCAUUCUUCCCUGUGCUUCAGGUUCUUCGCCGCCAUCAUCCUCGUCGUCUUCUUGCCAGCCUGUGGAGGUGCCGCCUACUCAGGCCAGUGUGGAACCUGAGGCCAGUCCACCCAGCUCCCAAAGCUCAUUGCCCCCUACAACACACUCCAUAAAUACUGGAACUGUCCCAUCCUUAACUAUCAUGGAGGAAGACGGGGACAGCCAGCCAGAAUCAGCCAAUCAGGCACUUCAGUCCCCUCCAUCUAUCCCAUACAGCCUGGGAAACCUCUCCUCAUUAGAUAUGACCAAUGAUGAGGAGCUUCCAACUGACCCCAGCAAUUCCUCUGACACUCAGGAAGAGAGUGAGGUUGAGUCCUUCUGUACAGACCUCAGCGGCCGAUUGCAUAUCAACAUAGUUGUUUGCAUGAGCGUGGAUAAGCUCCAUGACCUUCUGUUCUCGGACACUCAGUUCAUACAACACCUCUUCUCCCAACGGCACUUUACCGAUCUCUCUGUGCACGAGUGGCAGCAGGACAGCAGCAGUGGAAGCAGCAGUAGAGUUCUGAGUUAUACCAUAGCCAUCAACAACCCGCUGGGCCCAAAAACUGCUCCUGUGGUGGAAACACAGACUCUCCACAAGAGCAGCACACAGGGUGAGUGUUACGUUGUGGACUCGGAGGUCAUAACAUCAGGCAUCCCCUACCAGGACUACUUCUACACUGUACACAGAUACUGCCUCACCUCUGUCAACAAGCACAAGAGUCGGCUCAGGGUCUCGUCUAAUAUCUGCUACAGGAAGCAGCCGUGGAGUCUUGUGAAAGCUCUGAUAGAGAAGAACACUUGGAGUGGCAUAGAAGAGUAUUACAGACACAUGGAGAUGGAGGUGUGUAAGCUGGAGACGCUGCUACAAACGGAGGUUUCUGUGGUGAGUACUGGGGAAGCUGCUUCAGCAGACUCCGCCAAGACAAACCCGACCCUGCGCAGACGCAAACGCAACUACCCCCGACGAGCAGGAGACCGGGAGAGAGAGAGGGAAGGGCCAGGAGGCGGCGGGGAACGGGGCGACAGAGGAACUGGUGAGGAGCGCGAAAGGAGAGAAGCGAGUGCUCAGUAUGUGAAAGAGAGGUGGCGAGGGGCCAGCAACAACAACAGCAUCUCCACCAUACUGCUUAUUGUGAGCUUUAUUCUGGUUGUGCUGGUGGCUCUGAACAUGAUGCUGUUCUACAAACUCUGGGCACUGGAGCGGGCCGCACACACACUGGAGACGUGGCACACCUACUCUCUAACUGACAGUCCUCUGCCUCAGUCUGCAGGAGAGUGGGCACAGGUGCUGCAGCUCCAGAGGCAGUUCCAUCAGACCCAGAUGAACAAAUGGCAGCAGAUUUUACAGUCCUCUGUCACACUUCUGGAUCAGAUGAAACAGUCCCUGGAGAAGCUCCACAGAGGAAUGAUCACCCCAGAGGUGCAGCAGGAGUCCGAUCCUGCACCAGACACAUUGACAGAUCAGUGAGAUCCCGCCCAAUCUCUUAACGGUAACAAACCCCAAUAGAACCGUUUACAGACUCUCACCCCUGUCACAUGGGCAUCCAGGAGAGGGAAAAUCUGGAAAGGGAGAUGGUGCUUUCUUUAGUGAUAUUAAAGUUGGGAAUGGUGUUUGGUAUCUCUGGGUUACCCAAACGUCCUAGCAGCAGCUACAUUCUUCUGGCUGUGUAAUAAACACUCAACCCUUUGUUCAGUUUGAACUCCUUAAACUCUAUGGGUCUAAAGCAAUAACACAAAUGUAUGGGAUCAGCUAUACUCCAUAUAUGGAGAACAUCCGUGAAUUUCAGCUGUGCUGCAUCCUGAGCCGUUCUGGUCUGUCGUGCAUGUCUGAGAAAGCUGAAUGUGAGCUUUUAGCAGACUGUGAUUCGUUUUGGAACCAUUUUUUGGAAAUGUCGAGCUUGGGAAAGUUGCUUCAAAGAUGGACAUUUCAAAGAGGGAAGGUGGUUUGUGGUGGACACUGCUCUCCUAACUUUUGGAGGACAUCAAUCUCUAAUCUAGAUCAAUCUGUUCACCUGUCGAAAUAGGUAAUUUUUUUAUUUUUUCAUGGAAGAGACACUCCUUUUUAUUCAGUAGCUCUUCCGUUUUGUUAUUUUUAUUAUUUUGUCUGAUUACUGAAACUUGGAGCAAGAAAUUGUGUCUGACCAUUGCAGUAUUUAUUUAACAGACUUGAAUUACAGUUUACACUGCGAAAAAAUCAUUUUCUUAAAAUGUUUUUUUUUUUUUUGUCCAGUAAAAUAUCGAUACAUUUACUUAAUUAGCAAAAUUGCAUGUUUCCUUUAAGCAUAAAUCUAACAAAAAUUACGUUUAUGCAAAACAAUAAUGAAAAAAAAAAAUUGGCAAAUGCGGUAAGAAAAAUUACUUUUAAGAUGUAUUCUCUGAAAACAAUUCAUAUGAUUAUUUUUUUUUACUGGAAAAUGUGACAAAAUACUGAUUAAGAAAAUGACUGUGUUGCAGUGUAAUGUCGAUAAGUCAUUGUAUGUUUCUGCUCAUGUUGUCUUUGAACAUGGACCAAUGUAGAAAUGAGUGAUAUGAAUUCCCGUUUUAGCAAAAAUGUGGAACAAUUGUAAUGACAAUUAGAAGUUAAUCUACAAGACAAAAUUGCAAAAAAAAAGAAAGAAAUGUAAAACAUGCAACUGUUACUUAGGAAAGAGUAUCAGAGUGACGAUUGUUUUUACACGCCUUUAGCAUUUUUACCAUUGCUUCUGCCUCCCUAACACUUUAAUAAGUUUUGUUUUUAAAUCCCUGUGGUAUUUAUGAUGUAGAGGUGAGUGGAGCUAUUUUGUGUGGUUGUGUACGUUUUCAGGAAACUUGUUGAGUUUUACUUGAAUUAAACUGAACUGUUCAUGCGUACUGCAAGCUUGACCAGUUGAUCGUACAAACAGAUCCAAGAUCUUCAGCCAUUCCUGGGGAUGGACAUUUAGGACCAACCAGAACUCAAGGCCAGGAGAAACUAAAGGAGAUGUGCAGGCAGUAUUGUGAUGUAUUUGACAUUCCUCUCAACACUGUAGAUGGGUGAAUCUCGCAAAGAAUAUGCUCGGAAUCAUAUUUUAACUGAAGCAUAUUUUGCGUAAAGCUUAUUAAGCCUAUUUUUAGAACCAUUGCAAAUAUUUUAAAUUGUGUCCUUUUAUUUUCAAGACAAUUGAACACAUUUUCCCUACAAAUUCUCAUUACCAUAAUUCAAUAGAAAAAACAUUCCUGUUACUAUGUGUAUGGAUGUUUUACUUGUGUGUCUCAUUAUUGUAGAACAGUAUUAAUAAUCAUAUUGUUGGACAGUAAUUUCUUUUAAUAAAUCAACAUAAAUGUUGUAUAAAUAUUUAGCAAUUUAUAUAAUAUUUGUAUAGGUUAAAUAAUCCUUUUUGCAUUGCAGCAAUAAGAAUGGAUUUUCUUCACAUUACGGUUUAUGAGAAUUGGGAGAAAUGUGCUUAAUUGUAAUGAAAACAGUUUGUGUGUUUAUAUGCACAUCAAUACCCAGAUAACUACCACAAAUCAGCUUAUUAAAAAUAUCUGACAAAGCAAGAAAACAUGUGUUGACAUGAGACUUGAAAUUGUCCGAUUAUUCUCUGGUUUUGACAAAAUGCAAAAUGGAAGCGUGCACGCACGUAUUGCAUAAACAUGUAGGAGUGCUGGUAAAAGUGUUUACAUGCAAUGCAAACUUUUAUGUGCGUUAGAUUAGUACAUUGCGUUAAAGUAAUCACAUUACUAAUAACAAUCUUUCUAAAAUACUUUUUACAGAAGUUUUUUUUCAAUCAACAAAUUCAAAAUGUCUAUAUUUCCUCAUUAUUAGGAGACACACCCCUAUUGGAGGCCACAGAAACACAAACACACACACGUAUUCAUGUUAAAUGUAUUCUGCAUAAGUAAUAUUUUAGAUAUACAUGUAACCCAAAUAAUGUACUUAAAAGUAAAUAACAGAUAUUUUUUGAUAAUUACUUUGUAAUUAGAUUACACGUAACACUGGUCACAAGGCAAAACAUCUUAAUGGCUUAAUUUUCUUCAUGCAAAAUAAAAAUGUGCUUUUGAUUUUAGGGUGAUAUAUGACCCGGACAUUUCUUGACAGGCAUCGUGAGAUUUACCCUGAGGUUUUGCGUUGAUUUUUGUGUCUUGUGUUUGAUUUGGACAGUCUGUUACUAUCGCCCAUUUAAUUUGUGUCUUCCUGUAUUUGUCAUCUCGGUCUGUCCUGCCCUUCAGCCUCAGUAAUCUCUCCCUCCUCUGAGUGUGUUGUCAGAGUGCUGUCUGUCUGUGGGCGCUGCUGUGCAAAGCCCUUUCUGAGUGAUGAAAGUGUGUGCUAUUUAUUCGGGUCAGGGAGGGAGAGAACGAAGGUGGGAUAUAUAGACAUGAUUGUAAAGAUGACUUGGUGACAGUUAAAAUGUAGAAUAAAAACAAUUGCAAAAACAUUGUACAAUUGCGUGUUACUAAAUAGAACAUCCUUUUCUUUUUGGUUAGGAGAGUUCCUGAUCAGUGCCAGUCAAAUCAUCUUGUAAUGAUAUUAUGGAUGGGCACAUUGGUUAUGCAAUAGACACAUUCAAUGAACUGGUUCAAACGGAUGCACCUGUCAAGCAUUUAUUAAGGAAUUGCCAACAACAUUAGAAACCUGUACUUAAAAGUUCAGUAUGGUUUAAUGGUCAUCAGGCUUUACUAUGUAUAAUAUAUGCUAUUAGGGAUGUCGCGAUUAACUGCGAUUAAAAUGGUCACGGUUAUUAAACCGUAAAAAUUGGGAAGCUACGGAUAAAAACCGGAAAAACAACCAUGUUGUCUAUUUAAAAAAAAAUGUAAAAAAAUUCUGAAAAUGAGUAUUUCAAUGUGGGUCUAACUACUUGCGCCGUGUGCCCUGCCCUCUGCCUGACUGGUCUGUGAGGCUAUUACUAUGGUAACGGAGUUCACGAGGUGUUUGUCUAGGUAAGGCGGGGCGCGUGCCGUAACAUGAAAUUUCAGCGCACGUGAAACUCUCAAUAUGAAAACAUGGCGGAACAACGCGAUCUCCCGGACUUGUAUCCGACGAAGAAGCGAAUUAAAUUAGCCAUUUAGAAGCAUUAUGUCUAUCUAAAAAAUGACACAGGAGUCGUUGAAGACGGGUAUCCAAUAGCCUAUGCAAAACGUGCAGACAAAAAGUGCCAGUAAAAGCGGUGAAAACAUCUAAUAUGUUCCAGCACCUGAGGAAUCACCAUCCAGAGAUUCAUGACCAGAUGAAGGUAAUAAUUUUACAAACAUAGUAAAUAUUAUAUGUAGUGUACUACUUACCUUUUGGUAAAGUCAAACACUGAAUUGAAACUGUUUUGGGUUAUUUAUUUUUUAAUUUAUAUUGUAUUUAUUGAAAGGGUAUACAGACUUUUUGUUGAAAAGGUACAUUAGCCUACGUUUUGGUGUCUGAGGGCAGUUAGAGAAAAUUGCAAAAACUUUAAUACAAGUACUUUACCUACUUAUUUUCAACUUGUUUUCAGUUAAAAUUAGGAAUGUAUAUGCUAACUGCGUGUCCUAAAGAAAGCUGCAAUAAAACUUAAGUUGUGAUAUGUUUGUGGAGGUUUUAAUUGUUGCAUAAUAUAAACAUAAAAAUCGUGAAAUUAGAUUGAUUUUUAUUUAUCAGACAAUAAUCGUACCAUCAGAAUUGCACAUCGUGACAUCCCUAUAUGCUAUGAAUGAGCCUGAUGACAUGAAAAUAUGUUUGCAGAGGAAUUAAGGGAACUAGGUCUUUGGGGGCGGGUAUGUUAUGGAUGCCUACAGCCCACCACACCAGAUAUUGCAUUUGUAAAUGAUGUAUUAGUCAUUAAUGAACCCCUUUAUAAACUCUUAACAAUAUUGGGAAUUUAAAUGUAAACGGUUUCCUGUCUUUUUUUUUGUAGUGACAUAAAUAUUUAGUUAAGUACUGCUGUUUAUAAUUACUGUAUAUUUAGAUUAACUGAGCUUUGGUUAUCUGAAGAUGCUUUUUUAAAUUUAAUUAGCUGUACUUCGUGUCCAUCUACAAUGUAGAUUCUACAUUAUGUUGAGUUUGAAUGCAGUCGCCCUUGAUGAGAACAUUCUUUUCACACUUGUUUGUAUUUUAAGAUCAGCACUUCUCUAUUAAAUUGUCUAGGUAUAUUAUGCAUGGUCAAUGCAUUCAAAGUGUCAAAAAGAAAUCCACACAUUUCAUUUUCAGUGUAUUUUAUUUUUGUUCUGUAUUUUGUUAUUUUUUUUUGGCAAGCAACACUUUCACUUUAGCAUGAACUGCAUACUUGAUUUGUUGAGGCCUGUGGGACUCUGUGCAUACUGUACAGAGUCCCACAGAUGUGCAGACACUGUCAAUUUUCUGUGACAUUAAAGUGUUACAAUACCAUGUCAUUUUUUUUUAGUAAUUACAGCACUUAAAGGCCACCUAUUAUCGAAUUUUGAAAAUUACCUUUCAUGUAGUGUGUAACAUAGAUUUAAGUGAACAAAAACAUCCUGCAAAGUUUUAUAUAUGAAAGUUCACCGUAAAAAAAGUUAUUGUCUCUCAAAAGUAGGAGUCGACUCUGAGUCAAUGUAAUGAAUCGUUUUUCCAAUGAGUCAUUUUCCUUUUCGUUGUGACGUCAAGACGAAAAAUUAUCAAAUUGGCCGCGCCCACUCAUUGUGCGCGCAGACACCAGGGAAAACUUGAAAACAUCAUGUCGACAACAAGACGCUGUGUUCUGAAGUGCAUAUCAAAAGUGAACUUUUUUCACUGCCCAGGGACGAGCAUGUGAAGAAUCAGUGGCUAGAGUUUAUAUUUACAACUAUACCACACAAGUAUAGCCCGAACUGCUGUGUUCGCGUCAUUUUAAUGACGAUUGCUUUACGAACAUGAAUGCUUACAAGUGUGGAUUCGCGAGCCGGUUGAUACUGAAGGAAGGUUCAGUACCAAGUUUAUUUGGAUCAGCUUCCUCCUCCGAAUCACAUCCUGUAAGUAUUAUUAAUAAUUGUUGCUUUUAUGUGUUUUUUAGCAUGCUUAAUAAGUAUUUGUGUGUGUUGUGUAAGUUACGCUCAGCGCAGCUUCUAGGUCUCCAAUGUCAAUUUUUUUUUAAAUAUGUGAAAUGUUUGUCGAUGUUAUUGGAGUUGUCAUAAAGAAUAGAGCAAUAACUUGUAGUAAUGGAGUGCUUUACCAAUAUGUUUAUGCUUUGGGCUAACGCAAACAAUAACUGAUUGGGUGUUUACCACCAAACUUUGGGCUAUGAUCGCUAACAUAAAUCAACUCAAAUUCCUUCUCUGAUUUUGAUUUUUUUUUACUACAAAGCGGUGAUGGCCGUUCCGUUU